AUGCGAACGGCGACGAGUGCCAUCCUUGCGGCUCUCGCCGUCGCUUGUCUGCCAGCGCAGGCCGCCAACGAGACCAAGGGAACCAGCGGGGACACGCUCGUUUCGCCAACUACCCCUCCAAUCUCCUUCUUCUGGGCGACCUACGACGACACUGUUAAAGCGAUCCCGCAAUGCGCCGGCUUCCAAGUCUUCGUCGCGCCGAACAAUGGGUCGGCAGUCAAGCCCACCUUCCCACUCUCCUUCACCGCUAUGCCCGAGAAUUACCCUCCCGUAACAACGACACUACCGGGAGUUGGCAUCGGAGAUCAGUUUGCCUGGUCGGCGGCGUACCCUCCCGGCACGCGAAUCGGCUUCGCCAUGACUGAUGCAGCCAACAACUCGGGAGGCUACGUCGACGGCUACACAUUCGUCCCCGGCUCCACCAACUGCACGCUGGUCGACCAACCUUCGUCUCUCCCAGUCUCGUUCUCGGAGUCCCCGAUGGACCAGCCCUGCGACGAGGUGAUUGUCAACAUCAAAGGCGGCACCUCGCCAUACACCUUGUCCGUCGUCGCUGGGACGAGUGGACUGUACGCGAACGUCACGGGUGUGACGAAGAAGCGGGUCAACCUGCGGAACAUUGUGCCUGCGGGACAACAGUUUCACCUCUUCGUCACGGACUCGAACGGCCAGUCAUCCAUCGUCGAGCAAGCCAUGAUGUCGCAGCUCAACCGGGUCGACAGAUGUUUCCCGGCGACUGCCACGAGCGGCGACUCGUCAACACCGGUCGGCGCAAUCGUCGGCGGCGUGAUCGGCGCGGUUGUCCUCGCAGUCCUCAUCGCUCUUGUCGCCUGGUUCCUCGUUCGACGACGGCGACGACAGCGAGCGGAACAGUACCGGCUGCAGGAGCAGCAGACGAGCGAGUUCCGCACGGCAGACGGCAGCGCACCGCUCGUCGAGCCGUUCCGAUUGCCACUCGACUCUGUCGUCGGUGCGCUGCACGGCACUUCGCCUGACACCGCAACGUAUGCGGGCUCGAGUCCCGGCGGCGACUCGUGCGACAAAACGCUCGAGACUGCGCAGGCGCACGAAGCCCAGUACCUCGCUGCAUCGCCCAUCGCGCCUCAUCCGCACCAGCAGCCACCACAACACCCCUACGACCCGUACGCCAACCCGUACGAGCAGCCUUACGAAACAGAUCCGCGAAGAUACGCCUACGAGCCGACCUCGCCUGCGUCGUACGAGCCCGUCUCGGCUGGAUCGACUUAUGUCCCGCAUCCUUCGUCUCUGCACCAGAGCCAGCCGUCUCAGCGAGGCGCGACGGACGACCUCGCGAACCCGGAAGAGUUCGACUACCGCCUCCCAAUGGACGGCUCGUCUCCCUGGGCUGGCGCUCUCCCGCCUGGCGCGCGGCCAUACCACUGA